GGCGACCUUUUGCUGCCUUUCGCUGAGGUUGUUUUUGAUAUGCUAUUUCAUUACACUGUGUUCUUUCGUGAAAAUUGGUCAAUUGUAAUUUUAUCUUUGAUUUACGGGAAUAUUAAUAUGUCGCGAUAUUAUACAUCACCUUAUUCUAAAACGACGAAACCAUAUCCAUCCCAGACAGAUGACUACAUAUCACUUGAAAUGGGCGGCCCAGCGAAAUGUUCUACGCCAGCGCGACUCCAAUACAAUAGCAUUCACAUAAACGCUGGGGGAAACAUUUUCCAAAAUAGGCAAAGAGGACGAAGUAGUCAAGGAAAUCGAUCCGGAGGAUGGAACAAUAAUCCGCGGGGUGUUAGAGGUAAUGGGAAUCAAUGGCUGCAGCAAACACCGCGUAGUAAUGAUGCGGCAGAGUGGCAAUGGCGUGGUGGUGGGCCAAGGCAAUGGAACAACAGAAAAUCUUUUAACAACAAAGCAAACAACAUAUCUUCUUAUUUCCACCCAUCUAUGCUGGAAAAUCCCUGGAAGGAGUUAAUGGAUCGCCGAGAUGCCAUAAAAAGUAGUGAAAUAAAUUUACCCACAUCCGAUUGCCAAAAUGAGGAAAAACCUUGCAUCGGUAAUACAUCUGCGACAAACUCGGAAGAAAAUGAUACUGAAGAUAUGGAAGCAGAAGCAGAUGAAGAUAAGCUGAAAAAGGAAAAUUUAUAACAUCAAAUCUCGUACAAUUAACAUUUAAUGUUUACUAAAAAACGAGAUUUAAGUUGGUUUGUUUCCCCCACAGUCAGUUCCACGUUACGGUAACUGACCUGAAUUUUUAUCUGCAGUUGCAAGGACUAGAACUUCAGCAGCAUUCCUCAAAAAUGUAUGUAGAAUGUUUUAUGCUGCACCUAACUCUUAACUUGAUUCUGGAAUGACGUACUCCGAAAGAUAGCAAUUGAAAAUAUAAGAAGUUAAAGUUUUAAACAAGUAAAUCCCCCCCUACAUAUGCUUUAUGUUGGUUCUUCGAUAUAUUGCAAGCUCAAUACUUUUAUAUUAUAGAAUAAUAUAUACAAUUUAGAACUAAUCCUUGUAUAAAUUAAAACAGU